AAUAUGAAAUUGUGAAAAGCUGCAAGAGAGGAAACACAUUGUUGGAAUGACUGGUGAUGGUGUCAACGAUGCUCCUGCAUUGAAGAAAGCUGACAUUGGUAUUGAUGUGGCCGAUGCUACAGAUGCUGCUCGUGGUGCUUCAGAUAUUGUUCUCACUGAACCUGGAUUGAGUGUUAUCAUCUGUGUAGUGCUCACUAGCAGAGCUAUCUUCCAGAGAAUGAAGAACUACACCAUUUAUGCAGUGUCAAUCACAAUCCGUAUUGUUUUUGGUUUCAUGCUUAUUGCUCUGAUAUGGGAAUUUGUCUUCUCAGCGUUCAUGGUUUUGAUUAUUGGCAUCCUUAAUGACGGUACCAUCAUGACAAUCUCAAAGGAUAGAGUCAAGCCAUCUCCCACACCUGAUAGCUGGAAGCUCAAAGAAAUUUUCGCCACCGGUAUUGUGCUGGGAGGUUACCAAGCCGUUAUGAAUGUUGUUUUCUUCUGGACGAUUCACAAGACCAACUUUUUCUCAUCAGCUCAUUUUCUUUUCAUCUUUUGUUCAAUCAGGGACAACAAUGAUGAGCUAAUGGGUGCUGUGUACCUUCAAGUUAGUAUCAUCAGUCAAGCGCUCAUCUUCGUCACGAGGUCAAGGAGCUGGUCGUUCGUUGAACGUCCUGGGGCGCUUCUGAUGAUUGCUUUCGUCAUUGCACAACUUGUAUCAUUAAUCGGCCGAUAA